GGGAAAAAGAAGAACAAAUAGUUGCAGAAAUCAUGAGAAGGCGUUUUUUUCCUGCUUUUAUAACUCAUAAGGCCUGGGAAGGCUUUCAUUUUGCUGGCCAUGAGAUAAGAAUUACAGAAGCCAUUGAUUGUUACGGGGCAGUCGUCUGGCCAUCGGCUCUUGUUCUGUGUUAUUUUUUGGAAACUAAUUCUAAACAAUACAAUUUGGUUGACAAAAAUGUGAUUGAAAUUGGAGCUGGAACUGGGUUGGUCUCCAUAGUAGCCAGUUUACUGGGUGCACUCGUGACUGCCACAGAUUUGCCAGAACUGCUUGGAAACCUUCAGCAUAAUGUUCUCCGAAAUACAAAGAUGAAAUGCAAGCACCAGCCUCAUGUUAAGGAAUUGUCUUGGGGAGUUGAUCUGGAAAAGAAUUUUCCUAGGUCUUCCUGUCACUUCGACUACAUUAUGGCUGCUGAUGUAGUUUACCACCAUCCCUUCCUGGAUGAACUCCUCCUGACUUUUGAUCACUUGUGCAAGAAUGACACACUUAUUCUGUGGGCUAUGAGAUUUAGGCUGGAAAAGGAGAACCAAUUUGUUGGCAGAUUUCAGACACUAUUUAAUUUAGAAGUGCUCUCUGAUUUCCCCAGUUUGAACAUAACCCUGUAUAAGGCAACGAGGAAAAGCAGGAUGACAGCCAGACCUUCCAAACUCAUGGUCUAA